AUGGCCUCGCGACUCGCAGCAUGCGAGUCCUGUCGCAAGGCCAAGCUAGCCUGCGACCAUCAACAACCGGUGUGUUCGCGCUGCCAGAAGAGUCGUGGCGUGUGUAUCUACCGCACGGCCCCAUUCAAGCGGCGGCGGGUCGAGAAACCGAGCGUGCGAUCGCCCGAUCCAUCGCCCUCGUUCGAGCCCCGGCGCAAUCUGUAUCCGAACCCUGGAUACUUGGGCUCGUCGAGUCAUGCUGCUAUUUUCAAGCAUAUUACCCCGUCGACAGAUGGCGAGCAGAGCACGAGUACCCAACUACUGGGCUCGGACAAUGCGAGCUCACAAUGGGUGGGAGAUAAUCAUCUGCUGCUGCAGGGCGCAGAUAUUCUGCGACAUCUGUUAACGACCUACUCCUUGUCGGCGAUGAAAGAUCUCGUCCUGUUCUGGCUGGCCAAAGGUGCGAAUUUAGCCCUCGCGGAACCGUUUGUUGCGCAGUGCGCCGAGAGUAUUAGUCAACUGUUCACUACGCAUGACGAGAAUUGGCAUCUGGUCUAUGCUCAGCGUUUACUACAAAACUCCGCCCGACCGUUGCAGUUUGAUGCUUCCGCGGAUCUUCAGAGCUUUUCAGCGCAGUUUCUAGAUCAUCAUGCCCGAUGGGAAACAUUGGGUAUUUUCUUUGCAGCCGUCAGCCGAGCGACGAUUGAUAUUCCCUUCUUUCCACUGCUCUACAAUACCGAGGAACAGCAGUAUACGUUGAGACGCCUUGCCACUAAACUGAGCGACUUUUCGUUGGAAAUUUCACUCUCGCUGGAUUGUCUUAAUGACCUACAGCUGAUAGUGCAGUAUGAGAACUUUAUUGUUCAUUCUUACGUGGAUGGUGACCAAAGCUACCACACCUGGCGCAAGCUUGGAGACGUAAUUUCCUCGACCUUCGCCUUAGGCUAUCACGAGAACCUCGAAGCCAAGCCAGAAAUCCCACUAUUUCUAAUGGACUUACGGAAAACGGCCUUUGCCCGGAUCUACUCUGCGGACAAGAACAUCGCCAUUUUCCUUGGCAGACCGCCGCGAAUGAACAAACGCUUCUGCCACUUCCAAAUUCCUUCUGACGGGACAAUAUUACGUUCAAUCGGAUGCCACUUUACCUGGCACCCGGAUGCAAGAGCUGGAUAUAGGGCGGACACGUGUUGGUCCGCUCUUUGUGCUUCCUUGAAAGAGGAGGUUUGGGAAUUGCUACAAGACAAGCAGGAUGCUGAUUGUGUACGGAGAGCAAGCGUGAUCCAACGGAGAGCCGAGGAGCAAUGGGAAGCUCUACCACCCCAGUUUCGACUAGAAAGCAGCCUAAAGCAGUGUGCACAGAGCCCAUUUGACCGGGACUUUUUAGCACAUGUUCGGCUCAACCAUUUACAUGUCCUAUUCUUACUAAGGCUUCUACUUCUCAACACUCUCACCGAGCCCGAUAUCCCUAUCAUUGAGACGGCGGGGCAAAUGCUUGCUCUCGUGGUUGAGCUCAUUCUACUCCGGGAUCAAUUGACCAAUUCUGGGACUGGUCUCAUCUGGAAGGUCGCAUACUACGGGCUCCCAGCAGCAGGAAUCAUCCUCCUAGCACUCCUAAAACAACACUCCCAUUCCACACGGGGAAUGUCACGAACGAAAAUCCUACGGGAUCUAAGUGUCUUCGUCGCAGAAGUACAAAUCGGCACGAUAGUUAAAACCGGGGACGCGAAUUAUGCGUUGCUGUCUAAAGCCACGCAAACAAUGCAGCGGUUUCUGGACUCAUUUAAUUCGGAUGCUGGACAGCCUCACGAUGGAGGGUCCGAUGAUGCAAAUGAGGAUUGGGCGGCUUUGCUCAGUCAGGAUUUGUGGGAUUUCGAGGCCGGAUUUUGGCAGAGUUUGGCUGAUCAUCCGUCGCUUUUGGUGCUGGAUCCGCCGUUGCCGAAUGUGUGA